AUGGGCGGUCGUUCAUCUACGGAUCUCGAAGCGUCUGACGCUCAGGAGAUGGGCUACGCAGCACAUCGAGCCCAGAUGGAGAAGAAGAGUAUGUGGCAGUCGUUGCGAGAGAAUCCUAAGGUCCUCUUCAUCGCCUUCUUUGCCUCGUUUGGUGGGUUUGAAUAUGGCUACCAGCAAGGUGUCCUAGGACAGUCCCUCGUGAUGACUCGCUUCACGGAGAACUUCCCCUCAGUUGUACAAUCGUCCACAGCUACCGGAUGGCUCACCUCUGUGUUGCAGCUGGGAGGGAUCGUCGGAUCAUUGUUGGCAGGUGUGUUGGGUGAAAUAUUCUCGAGAAAAUACACCAUGUUCGCCGCAUGCUGCUGGGUCAUCCUGGGCAGCUACCUCUAUGUUGGCGCAACCGCGGGUUCGGCUUCUCUUCUCUACGCAGGACGAUUCUUCACCGGCCUGGGAGUCGGUCUCUUCAGUGGUGUGGGUCCCUUGUAUAAUGCCGAACUCGCAGCCCCAGAGAUGCGAGGCUUGCUGGUAUCGUUCUACCAGUUCGCGACUAUUCUCGGGAUCAUGAUUUCCUUCUGGGUUGGCUACGGAAGCAACUACAUUGGAGGCACCGGCGAAACUCAGUCCGAUCUCGCGUGGCGCUUGCCAUCGAUUAUCCAGGGUAUUCCGGCUAUCGCUCUGGCCUGUGGCAUCUGGUUCAUGCCCUUUUCCCCGCGCUGGCUGGUUAAGGUCGGAAGGGACGAAGAGGCCCUGACCACGCUGGCGUGGAUGAGGAAGCUCCCAGCGGACCAUAAUCUGGUGCAGGUGGAAUACCUGGAGAUCAAAGCCGAGGCUCUGUUCGAGAAGAGAGCGUUCCCAAAUACCGCGGAGAAGAGUGUGUGGAAGAACCAGAUCGCCCAGUACGCCAAUUGCUUCCGGACCAUGGACAACUUCAAGCGCGUUGCCACUGCAUGGUUGAUCAUGUUCUUCCAGCAAUGGAGUGGUAUUGAUGCCAUCAUCUACUACGCGUCCAAUAUCUUUGUGAGCCUUGGAUUGACCGGAGGCACCAUCGCCCUCCUGGCCACUGGUGUCACCGGCGUUGUAUUUUUGGUCAGCACUGUGCCAGCUAUGUUGAUCAUCGACCGGGUGGGUCGCAAACCGAUGCUUUUGAUCGGCUCGGUGGUCAUGUUUCUGAGCAUGGUGAUUGUCGGCGUGAUUGUCGCCAAAUUCCAGCACGACUGGCCUGGACAUGUGGCGGCUGGAUGGACUGCAGUUGCCUUGAUCUGGCUCUACAUUGCCGGUUUCGGAGCGACCUGGGGUCCUGUCUCGUGGACUCUCAUCUCCGAAAUUUUUCCUUUGUCAAUCCGUGCCAAAGGCGCCUCCAUUGGAGCCUCGAGCAACUGGCUCAGCAACUUCGCUAUUGCUUUCUUUGUGCCUCCUAUGCUUCAGUCGUGGGAAUGGGGCACAUAUAUCUUCUUCGCCGUCUUUCUACUUGUCGGCAUCAUCUGGGUGUACUUCUUCCUCCCCGAGACCAAGAAUGUGUCUCUCGAGGAGAUGGACCGGGUGUUCAACAGCCACACGGGUGAGCGCGACGCAGAGAUGCUGCAGCAGGCACAGCGAGAUGUGGGCUUGACGGCGUUGUUAGCCAUGACAGAGGCGCACAAUGGGCUCAAGAAAGAGAUGACGCUCGAGGAGAAGUUUGUCGAGAGGGUCUAA